CCAGAGUGGGUGAGAGCAAUCAGGGAGUAGUCACAGCUCCCUUUUCCUCACCCGCUCAAUCUGGGCAAUAUCUGGAAGGGGACACAGCCUCUCUGCCAGGGGUGAGCAUUGGAGGGGCACGCAUAAGGAACCGGGAAGCCCCUUCAGCGCCGGCCAAGAAGGGGGACCCGGCGAUCCAAUGGUUUCGAGGAGGCUCCAUGCCCAUCCAAUGGCGGAGGGCGCCCCCGCCCAGCUCUUCGCCCCCAUCCGCGCUUGCUUUGUCGCCCUUGUCCAUCACUCCUUAAGUCUCCUGGACGUAAUUAAUGAGGCCGGACACACCUUCUCGUCCGCCGCGUCGGAUCUCCGCAGAGCGCCAGAGGGACACGUCGAUCGCGCACGGAAGGAGCACCCCCCUCUCCGACCCCCACCCCCCUCCAAGGAUUAGAAAGUGGGUGCGUGGAAUGGGGACACGCGCGGCCCCCUCCACGGAUCCCGUCUGAGGUCCCGGCAGGAGGCUGAUCGUCGGGGGUGUGUGUGUGUCAAGGCGUCGGAUCCGGGCCAGGCUCCCCCUCCUGCCGCCUCCCGUCCCCGGCGAUGCUUCCCGGAGCCUUGGCUUGGCCCUGCGGCAGCUCGGCUGGCCUGUUCAGCCUGCCCGCCCCGCCGGGCUUCGGCAACUUCGGCAAAAGUUUCCUGAUCGAGAACUUGCUGCGGGCCGGCGGCGGGGCGGCUCCGCACCAGGGCCCUGCCGACCUGCCCGCCGCGCCCGUCCCGCUCAAGCUGUGCCCGGCAGCCGCCGCCCAGAUCAGCAGCCCCUGGCCCUUCCCCGCUCCAGGCGCCUCGACGGCGGACAGAGAAGGCAGCUUUGCGCCCGCAGCCACAGCUCUUCUGAAGCCCUUUUUCUUGAGAGCCCCGCCAGUUUAUUCGACGUGCUGCGGUGGGUCCUGUCAACACCCUGCGUCUCCCACUGCUUUUCCAAGACAGGAAAGUGUUCUGCCUCUUCUAACCCAGGAUUCCAGAUCCCGGAGAGGCAUUUUAAGAAGAGCUGUUUUUUCUGAAGAUCAAAGAAAAGCUUUGGAGAAAAUGUUCCAGAAGCAGAAAUACAUCAGCAAAACAGACAGGAAGAAACUGGCCCUCAAUCUGGGUCUCAAAGAGUCACAGGUCAAAAUCUGGUUUCAAAAUCGAAGGAUGAAAUGGCGAAACUCCAAAGAAAAAGAAGUGCUGUCAAACAGGUGCCUGCCAGAGGAAGGUCUUCAAGAGACCUACCUUUCCAAAUCUUUGAAUUUUACCUCCUCGCCAUGUCCUGUUUGGGAAAUAGCUCAACAGCAGUCAGGUCCAAGAUGGCGGAGCCUCCCGGAACAUUCUGAGAGACAGAACGGCAGAAGCGGCUUGCAGAUACCUACGAGAGCAAACUCCUCUCCUGAUACAUUACACUUGUAUCGAGAACAAGACAGCACAGAGAAGGACGUUGUAUCAUAUGGGGUGGGGGGAACUGAUGAAGCAAAAUGAUAACUGACCAUUGAUUGAGGAUGAUUCCUCCCACAAGACUAACUGUAUUUUACAUGGACACUGAAUUAGUUUCUAUACUUCGCCAUUUGCUAAAACAAAAAUGUAACAAAUUGGCAAAAACUAAUGCUAUAAAAAGAUUCCCUAGUCAGUCUUCUUCCCUCAUAUGUAAGUGAAGUAGGAAGGAACUGAUGGUAAGUGAACUUUAAAGGUUGAGUGUGAAGUUCAGAAUACAUGAUGGUACACACAACA